AUGGACUGGGGGAUUGAAGAGUCUAGGAAAGCACUAGUGGCCUGGGAAACUUUGUGCAAGCCUAAGGCAGCUGGUGGAUUAAACCUACUGAAUGUUGAAGCCUGGAACAAAGCUUCCAUCUGUAAACUGAUGUGGAACUUCAAUAAAAAGAAAGAUAGGCUAUGGGUGCAGUGGGUGCAUGUGUAUUACAAGAAACAGAUAGCAGGAUGGAGUAUUGAGGCUAAACAAGCUUCCUGGAUAAUUCAGAAGAUUCUCAAAGCUAGACAAUACUUUGAGGAAGCUAGAUACAAUGAAGCUGAUAUGGAAAAGAUGGAAAGUUUUUCAGUGAAGAAAUUCUACACAAAACUGAGAGGAAGCUUUGAACAAGUGACAUGGAGGAAACUUAUGCAAAGUAAUCUGGGAGCCCCAAAGUGGAAAUUUAUUGUCUACCUAGCUGUUCAAAGGAAGCUAAUGACUAAAGAUAGAUUGAGAGGACUGAGAUACGUGGAGGAGGUCACAUGUGAACUAUGCAACAAAGAAGAGGAGUCUAUUGAUCACCUAUUCUUUUCCUGUUCCUACACUUCACAAGUAUGGACAGUGCUGUUACAAUGGCAGGGGAUCUAUAAAAAGGCAAUACAAUGGAAUGAAGAACUCAACUGGACCAUCAAGUACUGCAAACGAAGGAGCAUUAAAGCUGAACUAUAUCGACUAAUACUUGCAGGUGCAGUAUAUCAUGUCUGGCAGGAAAGAAAUAACAGAAUUUUCAGAGGAGUGAAGCAGUCCAUUCAGGAACUUGUACGAGAUAUAGUCCAAGCAGUACAUGGAAGAGGAAGAUGUGUACAGCGACUACAUACUAGAUUAGAUGAGAUGAACUACUAUCCUACUUAA